AUGCCGCUGAAUGAGGACGUGAUGUAUCUUAUCGCCUCUUACCUCGACGUUCGGAGCAUAGGACGCAUGGCGGUGGCGUCUUCGUAUAUGUAUCGGGUCGUUCUUCCACAGCACUUCUCACAUACAUUCAUUGGUUCUGGCCACAGAGGAAAGUCAAAAUGCGCCUACCUCUUCCAACGGGACUCCAUCUUGGACACCAUCCGCGCCAGUUACAUCCGCGAUCUCGAAGUAUUAGGAAUACUGGACGACUCCGAAUACUUUGACGAAGCUCUCGCGGUGACGGAUGUUUUCCCCGUUCUCUACCAUGCCGCCCCGACACUACGCAAUAUCGCUUUCUACACAUCUUACGGAGAUGGAGUGAUGAUGCACUUCGAGCGCGAGCCGCUUUUGCUCAAUGCACUCGCUACAAUGCCCAUGCUCGCCACAUUGAAUCUCAAUCUCGACCCGGCCCUCUUCCCACACUUUUCCUCCUUUCCUCCGGACGCCCCCCUCAAGUCCCUCUACCUCAAUUUCACAGAACCCCUCGUCACCACAGGCCAUACCAUCACGUUUUCUGACUUCGUGCUCAUCCUCACCCGUUUCACACAUCUGCGCAAACUCAAUGUACAACGCCUCGACACUCUCCUGGGCCACGUCCAUCACAUCGCGCCCCCCGGGCUCCCCUUCUUCCAAAGCCUCCUCAACCUUGAUAUUGGCCCCCACUCCACCGUCGCACUUCCACUCGUCCCACUGUGUCCGCGCCUCUCCUCACUAUCCUGCGCCAGCGCACAGCUCCCCAUCCACGCGCUUCUCCAGGACCCCAGCCUGUACAACGGUCCACGCUGGCCUCCCCUCCGCACACUCACUCUGUCCCUCCCCGACGGCGCCCCGCUGCUCUCCCACUGGGCGGUCGCCUCCCGUGCCGCCUCGAGCCCCACGCGCGUCACACACGUGCACAUCAAGGACUGGAAGGCGUCCGCGACCACCCUCGACGCGGUGGACACCGCGGAGUCCCGCGGGCUCGCGGCGUUGUUAGCAGCCAUGUGGCCCGUCGCGCUCACCCUCGAGGUCGUCCCGUCCCGCAACGCGCCCGGGCCCGGGUCCGGGAUGGAGCCCGAACGGACGUGGCGGACGAUCGCCGGCGGGCCGCACCGACUGCGGUCUUUAGACAUAACCGUCGAGUGCCACACCCGCGAGGACGAGGACAUCAUCCCCAGUGUGCUGUGCACGGCGCUCGCGGGGCUUCCCCUCGUCCACCUCUCGGUCGAUGAGAGGCCGCGUUUCAUCGACGAGAGCAGGAGCGUGGUCGAGAACAGGCUCGCGAUCCGGAGGAAGCAGCGCGGCGCGCCGCGCGCGCUCGCUGCGGCGCUUCCGACGCUGAAGGUGUUGCACCUGAGAGGCUGGGAGUGGGACCCGCUGCUGGAUUCCGUGUUCAUGUAUGACGACGCCUCCGCCGACGCGGUGGAGGAGCUCCGGGACCUUAACGCCUCCCUGUCGAACCGCAGUGAUUACUGGUGGUGGAUCGAGGAAAAUCUGGAGAAGGAGGGUGAGGACGACAGGGAGAUGGUGGAGAUCUGGAGGGAAGACGGGGAGGCGGCGAGAGAGCUCGUGCGGAGUCUCAGCUUCGACCCGAAAACGGGCCUGAAAAACAUUGACUCACCGGCCCUUUCCAAGAUGAACACAACCCGGCGCCCUCGACUGAACGACGACAUCAUGUAUCUCAUACUCCCGUACAUCGACACGUUCAACAUGGCCGUGACAUCCUCACACAUACGAAUUCAUAGGAGUCGGCCGAAGAGGGAAAGCACGAGCGGAAUUCCUCCUCCAACAAGACACACGGUCCGCGCAUCGAACAUUCGCCGCCUCAUCGUGAUGGGCCCGCACAACGAGACUACCGACUUCGCCACGCAUAUUUUACCUGUCAUUCAACACUCGGCAGUGAAGUUGCGCAGCUUGAGCGUCGGAACUCCCCAGAAAGACGUGUUCAAUCGCGAUCCUCGCCUGCUCGCCGCGAUUACGAUCAUGCCACUGAAGCUCACCUCGCUGUGCCUCUCCCUGGAUCCGACACUUUUCUCCCACUUGUCCAAUUUCCCUUCCGACACCGUUAUCGAAAUUCUGUAUCUCGUAUUCUCGGGCCGCGGGCCCGGCGGACGGCCUCCGCCACUUGAUCCCGUCGCACCGCCCGGACUUGCUCUCCUCCCGAGCCUGGUCAGUCUUACCCUCAAAGAUCGCUGCACCGUCGCACUCCCGCUGUGCCCGCUGUGCCCGCGCCUUUCCUCCCUGCACUGCGAAAGCGGCCAGCUCAAGUUCUCCGCUAUCGCCUCGGACCUCGAACCAUACACCGGCCCGCGGUGGCCCUCGAUCCGCUCACUCUCGCUCUCCGUCCCCCAUGGCGCACCGCUCCUUGCGCACUGGCCCGUCGCGCACCGUGUGGCCUCGGGCUCUGCGGGCGUCGCGAGGGUGCACAUCGAAAGCUGGAGCGCGGAUGCGCGCACGUUCGACGCCGAGUCGGGCGUGGUGGAGACGUUCGGGCUCCCGCAGCUGCUCGCGGAGAUGAAGCCCGUCGCGCUCGUCCUCGCCGUCGCCCCUUCCACCGCGCCCGCGCGCGCGUCGGCGACCCCUACACUCUGGUCCGAACGAACGUGGCAGGCGAUCGCUGCAGCGCCGCUCCGGCUGCGCUUCCUCGACCUCACCAUCCGCGGGCACGCGCCCCCGGAUGAUCGCGAGCCCAUAGUCCCGGGCGUGCUGUGCACCGCGCUCGCCGGCCUGCCCCUCGUGCACCUCGCGGUCGAGGAGUGCGCGCACUACACUGACGCGGGGUUCCCCGUGAGCUACGCCGCGGAGCUCGCGCGCAUCCGACGACUGCUGGGCGCGCCCCGCGCGCUCGUGGACGCGCUUCCGACGGUGCGCGUCCUGCAGGUGCGCGGGGCGUGUCCGGCGGUGCUGCCGCGCACGGCGGAGGAGGUGGGUGAGCAGGGCGAGGGCGAGGCAGCGGCGCUGAUGGAGCUACGGCGGAUGGAGAAGGCGGAGGCUUCAUGCUACCCAAGCGCAUCUACCGUCCGUAGACGAUGA